CGCUGGGCCAAUUGUGCGCCGCCCCAUGGGUCUCCUGGUCGCGGCCGGCUACGACAGAGCCUGGAUAAUAAGCAUGUCAGGCAUUGACCAUUUUCACAAGAUCUGCAUCCUUGUAAACUAAAUGCAUUAAAACAAUAGACAUUAAAAACAGAUUAAAACGUCGUUGCCGAAAAAGUAUUUUCACUGUAAAAGAAAAUCGACCAAUGUGAAGGUUGUUUCACAUACGAUGCGCAUGCGCAAAGUAUACUCAAGUUUACGGUUUUUCACGCUGCAAGCAAUGCACAGUUACAACAUUCUCCAGUUGGAUUGAAUACAUUGUAUGAGCUUCAGUAAACGGCAAAUGUAACGUUUCUGCUUUGUGUGGAUUUUGACAGAGGAAAAUGCUAAAUCCGGCUAACGGCGACCCGGUCCACGUCGUUACAAAUUAUGUGGAAGAAUAUUUGGACUUGGUCGAAUCACUGCCUUUCGACCUACAGAGGAGUGUGUCGCUUAUGAAGGAAAUUGAUGCUAAAUAUCAAGAUGUCCUGCAAGAGCUGGAUGAUGCUUAUGAGCGCUACCGUCUGGAGUCCGACCCUCUCCAGCGGUGUAGACUUCAGCUGGCCAUCCAGAGAGUGCUUAUCAGCAGCCAGGAGCUGGGAGAUGAGAAGAUCCAGAUUGCUGGGCAGAUGGUGGAGUUGGUGGAGAACCGUAGCAGACAGGUGGACUGGCAUUCUGAGCUCCUCCACGCCUCCAAGGAGAACCCUGAUACCCAUAUACCUACAUCAACUGCCAUGACAACGACCGCAGCCUCCAUAGUGUCGCCGUCGGCAGCAACAACCACUCCGGGCAAAGCGGGUCACCACGACAAGAGGCGUGACGAGGUGACGCCUUGCUCAGUCGGCGGGGGGGACAAGUCUGGUGGGAAACGGUCACGGCGGCAGAAGAACGGAGAGAACCGGGAGAGCUAUGGAAGCAUGGAUCAUGGUGACGAGGUGGGCAUAGGGGCGUCCAGGGAGAAGAGGGCCAAAACGUCGUCGUCCAAGAAGAAGAAGAGGUCAAAGGGCAAGUCCGAGAGGGAGGUGUCACCCCCAGACCUGCCCAUCGACCCAGACGAGCCCACCUACUGCCUGUGUGAACAGGUGUCCUACGGCGAGAUGAUUGGCUGUGAUAACGACCAGUGUCCCAUCGAGUGGUUCCACUUCUCCUGUGUGGGGCUGCAUCACAAGCCCAAGGGCAAGUGGUUCUGUCCCAAAUGCAGGGGAGAGAAUGAGAAGACCAUGGACAAGGCCCUGGAGAGGGCGAAGAAGGAGAGGACCUACCACAGGUAGCCGUCUACCUGGGCCAGUGGACAUCGUUUGUGGUCAUGUUAGUUUUGUUUUUUGUUAUUGUUCUUUCUACUCCAAUUACUGUCAAUGCUGUUUGAAAAUGAAGAAUUGGAACGAGGGACUUAUUGUUAUUUUAGUAAAUGCUGUACUGGAAGAUGGACAUCCUGGUUCACGACCACUGGUUUAGAGCAGAUACAGUAUAAUGUAAUACAGAUUAUUGUAUCAUAUAGCCACACCAAUGAUUAUUGUUGAUGCUGCUGUAUCAUGCAUGUAGCCAUACUGCUCCUCCUCCAAACUAACAAAUAAAACAUUGCGUGCUAAAAGUAAUUCCAGACAUGUAUUGCACAGUGGGGCUUAGCUACAUCUAUGAACGCAAUGGGCUUCCUCGGUUGAAUUGUUUUGCAUCACCUGUGUAUGUACUAGGAGACGUGACUGCCCUUUGCUUGAAGUGCCAUUACUGAUAGGACUGCCCUAGCAGCAAAAUGCAUUGUAGAUCGUAGACAGACUGUUAAGAUGGUUAAGUUGGUAAUACCCAUGUUUGACUAGAGUCCAUGAUGCCAAAUCCCCUUGGCAACGGGCCUGUGAUCUGUAGCUGUGAGGACUGUCACUUGUGACACCAGUAAAGGUGAAUUAUUUAAAUGCUGCUUGGAACGGCAGCCCAUUGAAUGUGUCUUGUCCAAUAGUACUAUUAAAAGGCCCUGCCGUGUGAAUUAAAUCCUUUGGUCCCUUACCAAGGGGUUCUGCAAAUGAGUCUGUUCUGUCAGUUAAAAAUAGCAAAGCAUCAAAUCCUCACGUGUCAUGUGUGUACACCAUCACUCCAUGCGCAUCUGCAAUUAUGUGAUUGGUUUAUUGGCAAGGAACUCUUUACACAAAUAAACCACAAGUUUUGCUUGAA